CAAAAAUCCACGAUGAUGUGGGUGUGCGGGUGUCUGUCUCUCUCUCUCUGUCUGUGUGUGUGUCUUGUGGCUUGUGGCCCAUGCAGUCAGCAUUUCCAAAAGCCCCCCGAUUCCACCACUCCAGCCGCCCGUGACGCCUUGACCCCUUUCCCUCCUCUUGAUCCCUCUGGGUCACUAGCCCAAAACCGACCGAACGCUGGCCCGGCGGCCCGGCUACGUCACCCCUUUCGUGGCCGUGGUGGUUGGAGGGAGGAUCCGGAAUGUGGAGGGGUGGCAUGGGAGCACCGGAAACGUGAACUGUAUUUUGCCCGAUCUCCCCCAUGUUGUUCCCUUCUUCGGGGUCGGAUGAUUUUGGGAACAGAAAUGAUGGGUGUCAGGCUGGGCCAGCACAAGGCCCCGGGACCGACACGAGGCGUCGUCCGCCGCGAAAGUUGGAUUAUUAUGCCCGAAAUUUCAGCCCCGUCGCUGCUCCUUCGUAAACGAAAGAAAGAGAAAGAAAAAAAACCGCCGUUUCCUCCGUCUCCCCACUCCUCCUGGAACCGACCACCACCACCACCGUCUAGUGCGGUCCGGUUAUCCACCAGCAGGUCAUCGACGGCCUGCGAGCACUCGUCCAUUAUACAGGGUGCGUCCCUGCAGGCUGCUACGAGCAAGGGAGGGAAAUCCCGAAAGACAGCACCCACCGCUGACGGCGGCACCAAGGUGAGAUAGGAGAUUGUCGAGUGGUGUGCACGGGUGGGCAUUUCGGACCAUUUGCCUGGUACCGAGCGUGCGAGCCUCUCCACACCUAACCAGGGGGCAGGCAGUCGGUCAGUCGGUCAAGUCAGUCAGCAGGCCGUGGCAUUGAUGAUUGACCGACGAGGUUGUGGACGGCUAUAUGCGCUCGCCGUUAUUGGAAAACUACAACCCUGUUAUCGGGCUUUCUUCUCGCUUCUGCCCUCUCGCUUCACCGUCGUACCUAUUUUGGCCACCCGGUGCCACUUCAUGUCUCUCUCCAUCCUUUUUUUCGCGCGAUCAGAGCCAAAAGACCGACCAGGGGGAAAACAGCGAACUGGUAACCCCUGGGGCCCAGGCGAACGGAGCGGCAAGUGGACCGCAGGAGCUAACGCUCACGUGAUUUGCCG